AUGUUAAAGAAAACUGCUUUUUUGUUAUUGGCCGUCGCUAUUGUUCAGGUAUCAUCUGAAUAUAUUGAACCGCAGUUCAUUGAAGAUGUAAUCCAAGAACAAUCGCGAACAUCAUUGGGGCCGCGUAUAGUCUCGGGAUGGGACGCUAAACUUGGUCAACAUCCACACCAAGCACACAUGCGUAUGACCAACGCCGCUGGGGGUGUCAGUACCUGUGGAGGAUGCUUUGUGCACCAUGAUUGGAUGAUCACUGCCGCGCAUUGUACCGCUACGCGUGUCAGUCUCCUUAUCCGUGGUGGAAUGAUCUCCCUCAGCGAAACACCGGAGUAUAUGUCGGAAACGAAUGAGUUUUGGAAUUACCCUUCAUACGACAACUCAAUCCCUCAGAUUGUUCAGCCGAAUGAUAUCAGCAUCGUGAAACUGCAAGAACCAAUUGUUUAUACAAGAAAUCUUAAACCUAUCCGCAUUCAACCGUCAGCGGAUGCUAAUAGAAACUUCGGCGAAAUAACUUUGCACGCUAGUGGAUUUGGCGCUACUUGGACCGGCGGUUCAGGGUCCCAGGUGCUCCAAUGGGUAUACCUCCGAGGAGUAAGCAACCUUCUUUGUGGACUUACGUUUGGAACAACCAUUGUUACGGAUACCACAAUUUGCGCACAAUGGUUCAACGUCACUUCGCAGUCUAUAUGUCAGGGCGACAGCGGUGGUCCACUUGUGUAUACUUACCCUGAAGGUAAAAUAUUCCUUGUCGGUGUGACCUCGUUCACGGCGGGUGCAAACUCUGGUGGAUGCCACUCGGGAUUGCCUGCAGCUUUCAUCCGUCCUGGACAUUUCCACGAUUGGUAUACAGAAGUUACCGGUAUUGAUUUUGAGAAUCUAGACGAGGUGGAAGAUGAAACAACAACAACACCUCCUACCACUUUACCACCUACCACUGUACCACCCACCACUGAACCACCUACCUCCUUACCACCUACCACACCAGAAGGUGAUAGCAACGAAGAGGGAAGUGAUGAAGAUGAUACUUCCGAAGAAGAUGAAGACUUACCCGAGCUUCUGAAACGUCUCCAAGUUAAAGUUAAGGUCAAGGUAAAGGUUAAUCAGUUUAGAAAGAAAGUAAGAGUUGUCAAGAAAAUACAUUAA